UCGCGGGCUCAUGAAUGACAAGAGCAGGUUGUUUUGUUUUGCUUUUUUGUAAAUUGUCUGAUUAUGUCUGCUCUCCGAUCAUUUGUUCUUAUUUCAAUUGUUCUUCUAUGUAACAAGACUUCUUUCUCUUUAGGACUUCUCAGAGACAAAGAGUUUCGUAAUUUCCAAGUGUUACUUUUACCAUUUGGAGUCAAUUUAACGUCGCCCUCAGAACGGUUAUCAAUUCCAACCAAUGAAUGGCAGACAGAACAAAAUACUACUGAAAGUUGUGGCGAACAUUUCAAAGAACUUGAAGCUUGUAAUGCGACUUCAUGGUAUCUUAUUGGAAACACUACGUCCUCGGAACAUGAUUCACUGAAUAAACUGUUCAUUGAAUGCCAGCAAGGAAGGUUUACAUGUAUUCAAAUGGUAGUGGCUAAGAGUUUAGCUUUACAAACAUGGAUUGGAAAACUAAAAAACACUUUACACUCACUGUGCUGGGACCAGUGCUGGAAUGUGCUACUACAUGUACAGCAGAACUGUUAUCCCAAUGAGAAGCUUUCGGAACAGCCUAGUUUGCUAUUUGCACUCCAAGCCCUUAAUGCGUAUUGCUCAGAGCCAGGUGAACCAGUAGGUGAUGAAGUAACAUACUGCACUGACCUCUUCACCCAAGCUGCCCUUUCUCCACCAUCACACCCUGAUGAGCCAUGUGAUUCUAAAAUGAGCACAAAAAGACGAAGCUGCAGCGCUGAUUGCCAUAGGGAAAUAUCAAGCUUUUAUGGCUCAAUGGGCACAUGUGUAGGGUCUGUUUCAUCUGUUAUGGACCAAAGCAGGGUACAUCCAUCUAAAGGUUCAUUUGGACAGCUUGUUCACAACAGCUACAAGUGGUGUGGAAAAACACAACCAAAAGAUCCAAAGAAAGACAUAAAUCCUGCAAGUAAAGUGACCACCAAACCACAAGUCAUGUUUAUCCCUUCCAACAAAGGUUCAUCAUCCCUAGGAGACAAGGUCAUUGCAGCGAUAGUUGUUGGAACUAUUGUUGCAUGCAUUGCUGUGGCUAUCAUGGCAAGAUGUGCACACAAGAGACUGGCGUCUCCUAAACUGACCCUAGAGGAUUAUGGGUAUUCUAGACUCCAGAUCAAUGAAGAUCUUCAUGGUUAUUAUUACAAUGUUGAGGAUGAUGAUGAAAGACUUUUGGCCUUUUAGACAAAUUAUUGUGUCUGACCUAGGACGAAUUCAGUUCUUUUUAUGCAAUGUUUUUUAUGUGCUGUUCGACAUGACAGAAAAACCCGCAAUUCCA